AUGAGUUAUAGAUCAUCUUCAACUACCUCUGCAUUAGCAUCAUCUCAAAAAGUUCAUCUGGAAAGACAUAAACAAAUUUUAAAACAAUUAUUAAAAGAAGAUGCAAAUAAAUUAUGUUGUGAUUGUAAAUUAAGUAAAAAUCCAAGAUGGGCUUCUUGGAGUUUAGGUUGUUUUAUAUGUAUUAGAUGCUCUGGAAUUCAUAGAUCUAUGGGAACUCAUAUUUCAAAAGUCAAAUCGGUUGAUUUAGAUGCUUGGACAGAUGAUCAAAUUGAAAAUAUGAUUAAAUGGGGUAAUGAAAAUUGUAAUUUAUAUUGGGAAGAUAAAUUACCUGAUGGUUAUAUACCUGAUCAAGGUAAAAUUGAAAAUUUUAUUAGAACAAAAUAUGAUUUAAAAAAAUGGACAAGUUCAAAAACGGUACCUGAUCCAUUAACAUUAAAAAAGAAAGCUACUAGUACAACUACAACAACCACCAAACCAACUAAGAAGUCAAACUUAUUAGAUGAUGAUUUUGGAUCUUUUACAUCAACUAAGGAAACACCACCACCACCACCAAGUAAAAGAACACAUUCAUUUCCAUCUACUCCACAACCUCAGUCACAACAAAUUCCAAUACAACAACCCCCAAUUAAUCAAAUUCAAUCUGCUCAAUCUACAGGUGGAAGUAUUAAUAGUAAUAAUAGACCAGAUUUAAAAAAAUCAAUUCUUUCAUUAUAUGCAUCACCAUCUUCAUCAAAUAGUUUUAUACAACAACAACAACAGCAACAACAGCAACAACGGCAACAAUCAAAUCAACAAGUAAACCAUUUGUCAGGAUCAUUGGCUGGUUUGAACUUUAAUUCAUCACCCAGUUUAUCAAAUACAAACCCAAGUUCAUCAAAUUCAUUAAAUAGAUCGAAUAAUUCAUGGAAUAAUGAAUGGACUGGAUCUCAGCAGUCAUUAAAAUCAUCAACUAAUAAUAUUAAUGUAAAUGGAAUAGAUGAUGAUUUAUUCAAAAAUGUAUGGAACUAA